AGAGUGCAGGAAAUGAAAGGAGCAGAGAGGGAAGGACAGAACAUUUUGUCCAGCCUGUGAAAUUAUCACACUUGGUUUUGCCAUGUUCCUGUCCCGGCAGGAUGAACUGAAAUUCAGCAUGGGAGCAGCAAAUGAAACAGCAGUUACUGAGUUCAUCCUAGAGGGUUUCCCAGGGCUUGAUCAAAGCCUGCAGCUGUUUCUCUCUGUGAUCCUUCUGCUCAUGUACCUGACAACAGUGACAGGGAAUGCAACCAUCAUUUUCCUCGUGUGUGUGGAUCACCACCUGCAAACCCCCAUGUACUUUUUCAUUAGCAACCUGGCGUUCCUGGAAAUCUGGUUUACAUCCUCCACCAGCAUUAAAUUGUUUGCCAUCCUGAGUUCUGAUCAGAAAACCAUCUCGCUGAGCAGCUGCUUUGCCCAAUCCUAUUUCUAUUUCGCCCUGGGCUGCACAGAGUUUGUCCUGCUUGUUGUCAUGUCCUUUGACCGCUGGGUUGCCAUCUGCCACCCCCUGCACUACGCUGCCACCAUGGAGCCUCAGCUCUGCCUCUGCCUGGUUGUUGCUGCCUGGCUCAUCGGCUUCACCCUCCUGAGCUACCGCCUGCUCUUCCUCUCUCAGCUGUCCUUCUGUGGCUCCAACAGGAUCCCCCAUUUCCUUUGUGACAACUCCCCCUUAUUCAAACUGUCCUGCUCUGACACCAGCCUGCUUUGGAAAAUAGACUCUGUUUUCUUAUCGUGUGUCGUGUUGGGUUCCUUCUGUUUAACUCUGGCAUUUUACAUGUGCAUCCUUUUCUGUAUCCUGCAGCUUCCAGCAGCCUCUGGGAGGAAGAAAGCUUUUACCACCUGCUCUUCCCAUCUCAUCACCUUAUCCAUUGUAUAUGGGAGCUGCAUUGCUCUCUACAUGUGUCCUUCAGCAGAUGUUUCCUUGAAGACCAACAGAAUUGUAGCUUUGCUGAACACAGUCCUGUACCCAUUCUUAAAUCCCUUCAUCUACAGCCUUAGGAACAAGGCUGUGAUACUGGCACUGAACAAAUCCAUUGCCAGUACAAUAACAAAGCUUUUCCCCUAAUCAUGAUGCAUUUCUGGACAUAAAUUCCAAGGAUCUGCUCUCAUCUGUUAAACAAUAGCAGGGCAUAUGUGUGUGACCUCCAAACACGGAUGCC